AUGGAGGACGACACCCUUGCACAGAUAAAAUCUGUAAUCGAUAGCCUGCAGUCCCCUAUAGCCGAUCAUCAAAUUCUGUUAUCUUUACUUUGUCGCCCUUUGGACUACAUAGGCCUUCUUCCACCACAAUGUCGCCAGUUCAAUCUCGAGCCGCUCCAAGGAUCGCGAGUCCUUGAUAUUGCAAAGACCUUUCCUCCGCUUCAAAGAGUGUUAAUUGAGCACGUUCUACCAACGUGGUCGACAGUCCUUGUUGACGAAGGUCAUCUGCCCCUCGUCGAUCAAUAUUUCUGCCCCGACACGUUUUCUUUUGCACUAUCUGCUGCAGGGGAUGUGGUACUCUGCGCUUAUUCCACACUGCUCUCUUCAGUGCUCACAGAGGAAUCUAUUAGAUUAUUAGCCAAGUUGUCGACUCAGUAUCCUAUUGACAGACUUCAUACCGCUGCUUUCGCUAGCAACGAUUUAUCAGCUAGGAAGUCAGUCAGAUGGGACGACUUCCCAUUGAAAGCUGCCAACGCAGUUGGCACGCGAGACUUACCCCCAGAACUUGAGCUUGCGACUUACUUCAACGGCUUCAGCAGCGGCACGGAGCGUUUAAUAUUCACUCUCUCCCGUUCACCAUCGCAAGAUAGGAUAACAUCUGUCACACAACUUCUGAUGAAACUCGUGAAUGUCGGAGUGUUUCCAUCCUCAUCGUUCUUACCACAGUCCCAACCUUCCUUCUUUCGUUCCACGCUAGCCACAAUCCGCGUGAAGUUUAGACAGGACGAUGACCACAGCUACUCCAAGUUCUGGACGAAUACACUCAUUUCUCUCCCAUCCACGGUUGCCCAGCAGACCAUAUUCGCGUCGUUGUGUUCUUCUCUGGCGCAGUUACCUAGUAACUUAGGCGUUACGGCGCAAGAUAGAGGCGUUGUCGUGCAAGAAUCCUUAUUGCUUCAUGCUAUGUUCGGAACUCUCCAGCCAAAAUCAGAUGUGUGGAAUGAGGUAUUGGGCGUUAUGUUAUCCCGCGAUUGGAAAGAGAGUCAUGCCAGGAUUUUUGUCAGCUGGGCAGCCGGUGCAAAAACAGGUCCGAUGAACUCGGAAGCGCUCCAGGCUUUAUUGUCACGUACUUUGGAAAUGUGGUGCGCUCCAGAGCACGUCAAGCACUCACUGCUGUCACGGCAUUAUUAUGUUACAUCACUGCUACUUCUCAUUGUAUCGUACUUCCCUGGUCAAUCAGAAUGUGUGGUAUCAACUGCGCUCUCGCCUAGCUUCGUCACUGCAAUUGGUCAAUAUAUCAGUCAUCUGGACAAUAACAUCCGCCGAUGUGGGAUGCUGGCAGCUGAAGCAAGAACUUGGAUUUCGGAGAUUGGGAUGGAGAAGGCCGACGGGAAGCCCUGGGCCAGAGAUCUAAGAGCACUUUGUUCGGCUCGAGACGUUGAUUUUGACCCUUACACAGGCGAUGAAUUGGAGCCAGCCACGGAGGAGAGCACUCCAACAGAAGAGAUUAUUACUGCUGGUGUUCUGGACGAGGCUAGUGUCGCGACCGGCUACGACUCAGAUGACUCACUUACUGGCUACGCAUCACCAACCUCCUCCCGCUCCGCGUCACCCACGCCCUCUGAGCUCGACGAGAUGGAGAAAGAUCCCACUUUACGUGUUGGAGUCAAGAAAAUUCCACGACCUGUGUACCUUGCGCAGCUAGGCGAGAUGGUGCGAAACGCGAGAGUGAAGCCCGGCGAAGAGAGCCAGGAAGCCGACAAAAUCGAAAUGGCACUUAACGUUGCAGAAGAGCUGAUCAGGAAAAAGAGCGAUUAUGGGACUGAACUUGAGGAAAACGCUGCUAAUUUGGUCUAUGGAUUUACUUCGCUGAACGAUAACUUUGAGCUUGACUGCUUCGAGAACAACCGUCAGCGUACCGUCAAUGCUCUGGUAGCGUGCUGCCCUCGAGUCUCCGCCGCGUGCAUCAUCGAAGAAUUCUUCAGCAAUCAGUAUUCUACAGAACAACGCUUUGUUAUACUCAAUGCCCUUGUGUUUGGAGCACGAGAACUGGCUCCUCUUAAUAAUCAACGCACCGCAUUUCCUAGCAAAACUUUGCCUCCUGCACUUCAUCAGAAAUAUCUCACAGCCGAUGGUCAAGCCAACGGAACUGUUCAAGGCUUGCUUGAGGGUGUCACACGCGCAGCAAUUGACAGAGGAAAGGAAGCUACCGCUGAUAAAGUGCCGGAGUUCGUACGAGAACGGCAGUUGCGCAUACGGAUAUCUCCUAAAGUCGCUGAAUCGAGCUCUCUGCCAGGCCAAACUUCGCAACCCCAUCGAACUGCAUUCAUAGACGUCGCAGCCGAAUACUUCAUUAUGCCGUUUAUCAACCGUUUUUGGGCAUUCCUCCGCGAUGAGCAGACACGCGAGGAGAGAACAGCGCACCGUGAUGCUCUGUAUCGGUAUCACGGUGCUGGCACAGGUCUUGUCCUCAACCCCGUUGUUCUGUCACAAUUCAUGGGCUCUCUGGCGUUGCUGGUGCAUGCAGCACAGAAUGCUCCGCAAUGGCUGUCUAUCAUUGCACCAGGCGCUCUGGAGCUCGCGGUCGCCUUGGGAACUCGACCAAUCUCAAGGGCCGUCAGCGAUGACACGGGCUCGACUGGACUAACUGGCGAAGCCCGGGGCAAGGAAGCUUCGGUGCUCACAGCUGCUCUUGAACUUUCCUUAAUUGUCCUGGAUGGUUGUCUCGAACUCGAUGGGGGACGCUCGCUCGGUCUUGAGCACACUGCACUAUUGUUGGGUGCUGGAGAGUGGGCUGGGAAGAUUUUUGAGCUACUUGAGAAGGGCACUCUGGUAGAAGGUGGCGGGGGAGUCCAUGAGGUCCGACUGCGUAGGGCUGCAGCGGGGGUACUGCUGAAGGUCGAUGAGUUAACCUCAAAAUGGCGAAGGUCAAUGGUGGAUGUCCGAUAG